UUUGUAUUUGUUGUGAAAAAACAACUGAUCAUGAGGCAUACAGCUAAUACAAACACCAGGUCUUAAUCGGGGACAAAGUGAAUGUCUUUAUAGGACAUUAACCGUCUUUAAUGUUUCAUUCAUACAUUUCAUUUGGAAUUCAUUCCUUUUGGAUUUUAUUCAUGUAUUGUGUUUGCUUUUAAUUCUUUCUGAUGGAGCAGAGAAUUACAGUGAUAUCAGAUUGGAAACUAUGUGCCAUUCUGUGAUUUGAAGAUUAUAAUUUGGCUACUCAGACUGACGUAGGCCUAUAAAUGGCAGCACACAAUUCAGAAGCCGAUAGUGAAAUCGCAUUAAAUGUUAGGCCCACGGAAGAUGAACACCUUCCAGCCUUGUUGGAGAGCGUCAAUAAGCAAGCUAGCAAUCGACAUAUUCCACGCAUUCCCAGUAAUGAAGCUGUAGGGAUGUUUACCCAAGAUGAACAUCUUGGAACAGACUCCAACAACAAAGUGAACAAUUUAAACAAAGUUUCAUCCAAUGAACCAUCCAAUCGUGGAUUAGGUUUAGAUGAAGCAUCUCACAGGAUCUACCUCAACCACGCCUUUGAGCACACUGAUGAGACAGUUUUGGAGCCUGGACAUUUGUGGCACCAGUCUGAUGAAGAUGAGCAUGGGGAUCAUGAGUCCUAUUCUGAUGACAAAGUGAUAAUUGACAGACCAAUCUAUUCCCAAGAUGGUUUUGAACAGGGAUUCGGUGCUGGGUCGCUCUCAAGUCGAACAAUUAAGGACUGGAUUAAAUCAAAAGUAAGGUGUGACUACUCCUGGCAAUGUGUCCGCAAAAUCAUCUCCCAUCACCUCCCCUUCCUGGCCAUCAUGAAAGAGUAUAAUGUGAGAAAAGAUUUGUUAGCUGAUGUUAUUGCAGGCUUAACUGUAGCCAUCAUGCAUAUACCCCAAGGAAUGGCAUAUGGUCAACUAGCUAGUCUUCAAGCAGUAUAUGGUCUGUAUGUGUCAUUUUUUCCAGUUAUCCUUUACUUCUUCUUUGGUACUUCAAAACAUAUUUCUAUUGGAACAUUUGCCAUCAUAUCUCUGAUGAUGAGCUCUGCAGUCACUAAAGGCUUACAAAAUCAAAAUGUAAGUUUAAAGUCCUGGAAUCAAACAGUGGACUUGGGUGGAGGAAAUGUAACCUUCAAGAUAGUCGACAAUAAAGAGGAUAUAGAUAGAACCAAGCUUAUGUUGGCCAUGUCUGUGAGCUUUGUUGUUGGAGUAAUACAGUUUGUACUUGGUCUGUGCCAUCUUGGUUUCCUGACAGUCUACUUGUCUGACCCACUCAUCAGUGGAUUCACAACUGGGGCAGCAUUUCAUGUCUUUACUAGUCAAAUCAAGCACAUAUUUGGAAUCUCAGCUGGAACCUAUAGUGGUGUAUUGAAUCUUUUUUAUACCUAUCGAGACAUCUUUAAAAACAUUCCGCAGACCAAAGCUGUGACCUUAAUUGCUUCGAUUGUUUGUAUAACAAUACUUGUAAUUGUUAAAGAGUAUAUUAACACACAUCCGAAGAUAAAGCCAAAAAUGUUGAUGCCUGUCCCCAUUGAGCUUAUUGUGGUUGUGUUAGGCACUAUCAUAUCACAUUUUGCUGAGUUAGAAGUAAAAUACAGUGUCAAAUCUGUUGGGGACAUUCCAGUUGGACUGCCAGCUCCUAAUUUGAAUGCCUUCUCUUACAUACCUAAUGUAAUCACUGAUGCCAUUGCUCUUGCAAUUGUGGCCUUUGCCAUAAAUGUUUCCAUGGCUAAAAUGUUUGCAAAGAAACAUAAUUAUAGCAUUGAUGCUAAUCAAGAAUUACUGGCAUAUGGGACAUGCAAUAUCAUCUCAUCAUUUUUCUCUUCAUUUGCAUCGGCAGCCUCUUUAUCCAGAAGUGUAGUACAAGAAAAUGUAGGGGGCAAAACACAGGUAACUAGCUUGGUGUCUAGUGCUAUGCUUCUAAUUGUGCUACUGGUUGUUGGUCCAUAUUUUAAAAGUUUACCUAAUUGUGUUCUAGCCUCCAUUAUUCUUGUUUCACUUAAAGGAAUCUUCAAACAAGUUUUUGACUUGAAAACUUUGUGGAUAAUCUCUUUAUCUGACUUUUUAACAUGGGUUGUUACAUUUUUAGCUACAGUUUUGCUGGAUGUUGACCUUGGUCUACUUGUUGGUGUAGUGUUUGCUCUUUUGACUGUCAUAGCCAAGUCUCAAAGACCCUACUCAUGUUUGAUGGGCCAAGUACCAGGCACAGACAUUUACAGAGAUAUCUCAGUGUACUCAGUGGCUAAAGAAGUACCCCAUAUAAAGAUCUUCCGGUUUGAUUCUGCAAUAUUUUUUGCCAAUGCAGAGUAUUUCAAAACUUCUCUAUACAAGAUGACUGUGAACCCAUAUGAUUUGAAGAAAAUUGAAAAGAAGUUAACUAAAAGACAAAAGAAAGUAGACAGAGAGAUGGAAAGAAGCCACCCUAGACCAAGCAGUUUGCAAGAAACUAAUAUGGACAGGAGAGAAGGCAGUGCAAUAGCUGUUGUUUCCAACCAAUGGGAUGCUGUGAACUCUUCAACCUCUGCGCAGAGUGAGAACACCACAGUAACUGAUUCCAAGCUUCCAGUAUUGACUGAUAUUCAUUAUAUUAUUAUAGAUUGUUCAACUAUGGGUCAUGUGGACUCAAUGGGAGUAAAAGCCAUACAACAGGUGAUAACAGAACUAAAUGUUUUCAACAUUACAGUCUAUUUAUCACAUUGCAAAGCACAUGUCAGGGAAAUGUUUGGCAAAACAAAUUUUUAUAAAACAGAAGGCAAGAACUAUUUGUUCAUAACAACGCAUGAUGCAGUAGUCAAUAUACUGCAGAGAUUAGAAGAAUCUAGUAGACACUCUACAAGGGAAGUAAACACAGAAUUUAAUGAGAUUAGAUUAACUAGCCCUGCAAUGGAGGCAACCCAUAGUUAAGACCACAAUGGCCUGCAGUGUCAAAGGUUACGGUCAUCCCUGUGAUGUUUCAUCAAUUCAGGAAUUUCAAUUUAGAAGCUUCACAAUUCAAAUGUACAUAAUAUAUGCAUUUCACAUUUUUAAUUUUGUAUCCCACACUUUGUUUCUGUAAUUUCUUAAAUACUUUGAUUACAUAGAUUUAUUGUAAGACAUUAAUUGAAAUUAGUGUAAUUUAAAGUCAGCAAAUUGUGAAGUAAUUUAAAUAUGUUAAUUAUGCUCAACCUGUAGGCUUUUUAUACUUUUUAUUUUAUAUAAGUUUAUUGGUUUCUUGUUAAACUCCAUUGGGCAGCAAGCAUGUAACCUUUAAUACAUGACUCUAUUUAAAAAGUUAAAUUCCCAGGGCUCUUAUUACAAAUGUACGGUACCAGCAAUUUUCUUUUAACUCAAACAUUUACAUGAGAUAACUUUUUAUUUAUAUAUUAGCAUAGAAAUCUUUCUUUAAAAUGUAAGAACAGACUUUUUUUUUUCUUGUCACUUUGCCAAACUGAAAUGUAUUAGUUGUGGAGAGAUAUACUUGACAAAUAGAUUACAUAGUUAUAGUAUACCAUGUGAGUCUGCUUUGUGGAGUAAAGCCUUAAGUUAUGUCAGUAAAAUUCACUCUUAAUUGGGUUAACAUGCUUGAAUACAUCUUUCAAUUUAGAUUGUCUAUUUCAAUCUUGCACUUGUGAAGAUAAAGGUGUUAAAUUUUUUUCCAUCUUAACUGCUCAUUAGAAAAUUAUUUGUACUUAGUUCAUUUAACUCCAGUCAAUAAUCACCUCAAUGUGUCAGCCAUCAGCUUGGGGUCUUAUGUGUCUUUCAACACUUGGUUAAUAAAUCAAGAAGCGCAUUGCAUUGGAACAUUAUUUUUUAUUGUUGGUCUUCCAAGUUACUAUUAAAUACUUUCUAGAAUGUUAGCAUCCUGGUACUGCUUUUGUGUAUUUUGGCAAAGAAUUGAAUUAUGUUUGAUUAAACUUUCUUAUCUGUAGCUGUAUUUUUUGUAAAUCAUUCAUGAUUAAAAAAUAUUUCACUUGA